AUGACCCGCCGCCCGAAGCCCGCUUUCCGGAAACUUGGGGAUACCGCCAGCGGUGCGUAUGCGCGCAAGGAGAUGCAGCUGCGCAGCGAGGUGCGUCAAGGGCUGAAGCAGAAACUAGUGGUGCGCGUCGGCCAUCUGGAUCCCGGAGUGUCGAUGCGCUGGACAGUCAGUGGACUCUGCAAAGACAUAUACCUCCGCCACCGCCUCAAACUCGUCGGGUGGCCGGAGGGCAUCGUCUUCGGCGACCUGAGCAAGGUGACCGGGCUGGCGCGGAUCUGGAUGCUCGUCCGGGCGCUGCGGAGCGGGGAGCUCACGUUCGAGCCGAUUACGCAGGAGGAGUACGAUGCCGCGAAGCGGAACCCUCUGCUCGCGGCGCCGACUCCCCUGCACAACGGCCUGAGGCUGAACCUCGGCCGAGACGACAUCGGGAGGCGGCGGGGCAGCAGCAAGGUCGACCCAGCGAUCUACCCGCCUCGACACGUGCGAGAUGGGCCGAAGUCGUCGAAGGUGGUGUCGGACGAGGCGGAGGCGAUGGCGGAGGGACCAGAGGAGCCGCACGAGCUGUUCAAGGGUGGGCAGCUGUAUGCGGGCCCGCAUCCUGGCCGGCUCCCGAUGUUGUACUGA